AUGAAGCUCCUCGUCAGCUUGGUUGGAGCUGCCGCCGCCGUCUCUGCGCAGACUGGCUAUGACAAUAGCUCUUAUGGGAAUACAUCGCCGAACUCAAGAGAUCUGACAUUCCAGGCCAAGAUAUCUAUCGAUGUUGCCACUCGUUACCAGACCAUGGUUGGAGGUGGAUGCAGUGGAGCGUUUGGAGCUGCUUGUACGACGAAUACGCUCUCAGCUGCCGACCAGCAAGCCGUGGUCGAGACUCUCUUCUCCGAAAACAUUGGUGCACUUUCCAUUCUACGAAACCUCAUCGGAUCAUCACAAGCUGCCACGAUUUUACCUUCGUGUCCUGCGACACCUGAUGGGCCUUUCAAUUAUACGUUCCCUGCGAACAACGACUCUUGCCAAUUGACUCUUGCCCAGACGGCGGUCAAAUACAACCCAGACCUUUUCCUGUAUGCGGAUGCGUGGUCUGCUCCCGGUUGCUUUAAGACUACCGGCCUCGAAGCCGGUGGCGGGUAUUUGUGUGGUGUGAGAAGAUCCAAUUGUACUCAUGACUGGAGGGAGGCUUAUGCCAAUUAUUUGAUUGAGUACGUGAAGCUUUAUCAGCAGCGUGGGAUCAAUGUUUCGUUAUUGGGAGCUUACAAUGAACCCGACUUCAACCCUUUCACAUACUCGGCAAUGCUUUCCGAUGGCUACCAAGCCUACGACUUUCUCUCGGUCUUCUAUCCUCUUGUCAAAAAGGCUUUCCCGAAUCUAGCAGUCUCGUGCUGCGACUCCACCGGCGCCCGCCAACAACGAGAUCUCCUCUACGAACUUGGCCGCCUCCCAGGAGGCCUCGAUCUCUUCGACUACAACACCUACCACAACUACCAAUCCUCCAUCAAACGCCCCUUCGGUGACCUCUUGCACGGCCAACCCACAAUCGAAACAGAAUGGUCCGAUGGCGGCAGCACAUGGACUUCAACCUGGGACAUCAGUGGCAACAACUUCGAAGGUUUCCAAUGGGCAAUUUAUAUGCACAACGCUUUUCGGAACAACGUUGCAGGCUGGUCUCAUUGGUGGUGUACCUGGACUUCACCUAGCGAUGCCUCGCUGAUUCUUGUCAAUGGGACUUCGUAUCAAGUUUCAGCGAGACUUUGGGCUUUUGCGGGUUAUUUUCGGUUUGCGAGGCCGGGAGCUGUGAGAGUUGAGGCGCAGUCUGAUGUGGAAGAGGUUUAUGUUACGGCUUGGGAGAAUCGGAAUGGGAGUUUGGCGAUUCCGAUUGUUAAUGCGGCCCAUUAUGCUUAUAGUGUUGAGGUGGAUUUGAAGGGGUUGGGGAUGGGUGUUAAUCGUGGAGUGGCGUAUUUGACUGACAAUGGGCAUAAUGUGACUCUGGCUGGGGAGUUUGAGGUUGAGGAGGGUGGUUUCAGGGCGGUGGUUGAGCCGAGGAGUAUGAAGACGUUCUUUUUGGAUAGGAGGUAG